AUUAAUUUACUCUAAGAAAGAAAAAUAAUUAAUUAAUUAAUUAAUUAUUAAUCUAAUAAAGUGAAGGAAGUGUAUGGUAGUUUGAUUGCAUCGUGUGGCGAUAAUGGGUAGCGAAGAAGAGAGGGUUCUUGAGAAUCAACUCGAACUUCAAUUGAAUGAACAAAAAGACUCUCUUUCUGCAAUCGAUCAUGCUCUUCUCAUUGAUCCAACCAAUUCCGAACUCCGAGAGGUUCAUGAGGAGCUUGUUCAGUCUAUUAAGGAUGCAGAGGAAGGACUUCUUCACCUAAAGCGUUCAAGAUUAUUAUCUGAAGCAGACACAUUGCUGCCUAGUACUAAUAUUUUUGCUGAACAAGAAGAGAAAGUGGAGCCAAUUGAUCCUGCAGAUGUUGAACCAGAGCCGCUACAGGAAAAAUGCUAUUCUGUUGGAUCUAUAUGUAGAUUCCGUUACAAAGAUGGGCGUUGGUACAAUGGUAAAGUGCUGCAAUCGGAUAAUUCAGUGGCAACAAUUUCAUUUCUAACUCCUACAUCUGAGAAUAUGAUGAUUUGCAAGUUCUUUUUACAACAGCGAUGUCGAUUUGGUAGUAACUGUCGCCUAUCCCAUGGAAUUGAUGUUCCACUAUCCUCCCUUAAGGAAUAUGUCCCAACAAUCUGGAAACCAUCCCUUGCAGGGUCAAGCAUAUGGGCAGUCUCAAAUGCAAAUCCAGGGAUUUGGAGAGAAGCUGAGCUUGAGUCAUGGGACGAAAAAGCUGGAGUUGGACAAGUUGUUUUCCGAGACGAUGGAAGUUCUGUGAAGCUUGGUGCACAAGAUAUGGUAUUAUCUGAGUAUGCAGAUGUGAGUGACAUAGAUAGUGAUUCCAGCUUAGAACAAUCCGAUUACAGCGGCUCAGAGGAAGAGGAACCACAGGGUUUAGGAUUUAUGGAUAGUACCAACUUACAGAAAGGUGUUCAAACCGAAACUGCAAUAUUUGCGACGUGGGAGAACCAUACCAGAGGAAUGGCUUCCAAAAUGAUGGCUAAUAUGGGUUACCAAGAAGGAACGGGUUUAGGUUUAACUGGACAGGGCAUGCUUAAUCCCAUACCGGUGAAGGUCCUACCACCAGGACAGUCCUUAGAUCAUGCGCUUAAGUCUCAUAAAGUGAAAGAGAACACCCAGACGAAAAGAAAGAAACGUACCCGAGGUGGUCGGAGAAAACGCGAGAAGAAAUUUGCUGAAGCAAUUCGUGCCGCAAAAGAAGAAGAAGAAUCGCCACCAGAUGUCUUCUCACUAAUAAACACUCAACUAGCAAUGCACGGUGAAGCUUCCAAUGAAGGAUCAAUGAAGAAGCAGCAAAGUAAAGGUUCAGCAGAAGUUAAAAAGGUGGAUAGGAAGGUGUUGGUUGCUUAUGAGAAUGAUGUGAAGGAUCUGAAAAUUCAGGUUCUAAAGUUUGAACAAAUGGCGGAAGCAAACAAGAGAGAAAAACCUGUUUACGACGCUGCUAUGAAAAAAUUAGUCCAAACCCGCAAGGCUUUGGCUGAGGCUGAAGCAGUUCACGCUUCUGCCUCAGAUGAUGUUGUUAGCAAAGAGAAAGAAAAGAGAUGGCUUAAGUUUUAGUUAGCACUUAGGACUCAGUUCUAUUUAUCCUUAUGCUGAUACUUUGAAAAGAAGAAAUAGGGAAGAAAUCUCACAGGUGUAAGUAACUCUACUAAGAUACUAGUAAGAUUGUCUUGUACAUGCACUGUCACUGUUCUAUCUACUAUAAGUGGAAGACGUCUAUUUUUUCCAUUCACCUGAGUGGUCAGUAUUGUACUGUUCUUUAAGCUGUUAGUUCAUUUGCAUGAGUUACUUACUGUAUGUUUGGGCGAUUGUUUGCCAAAUGUGAUUUUGGAUGAAAUUAACUUUGCACUUG